ACCACCCCGCCAGCGAUCGGAGGAGAAACAGGGGAAGCUCUCGCUCUCUCGCUUCUCAGCGGAUGAACUAUGCUUUGACACCAGGACGCGUUUAGGGGUUCGUCACGCGAAUCGGAGCAUCGCCAGGCUUUUUGGCGUCUUCACUAUAAUCGUGGGAAGUCCUUCAUAAGAACCCACGGAGAGCCGGUGGCGGAAUGUGAAAAACCACCCCCCAAAUUUUAGCGCAUGUUCCUCUCCAUUGUGCACAGCCUUCUCCUGCUUUCUGCGCGGUUGGAAAGCGGGGGAGAAGGAGGAGGAGGGACGGCUUUUAACGACUCGAUCUCUUGCCUAUGGACGACGGCGGUCCCCUCUCUCCAAAGGCAAAUGCUUUCAGUAUUGCCUCUCUGAUUUCGGCUGCAGAGCAAACAGGAAACUCAGCGUUUGAAAAACACGGCACCGGCCUGGACAAGCCAGACCUGCAUAACCACAGUUCCUUUAAAAUGCACUACAGCACUGUCACCCGGGAAAUGGAAGCCAUAUCCAGUCCGUGGCUGACGCAGCUGUCCCAUUUUUGCGAUGUUGCAGCCUUCACGACGAGCAGCCUGAGCAGCCUCAACACGCCGGGGGGCUACCACCUCUCUCCGUCCCCCGGGGACCCCUACAGCCAACAUGAGUCCCAUUUCGAGCCCUGCCCGGCCGCCCAACACAACUACAACUAUCCGGGAUCCAACCCGGGCCAGGCCCCGUCGAACGACAACGGGACCGCCAACUGCUCCUCGUCGUCCUCAAACUCUACGCCGAACAGCAAAACUAUAGUGAAGAAGAACCCGAAAGUUGCCAACAUUAACGUUCAGCUGGAGAUGAAAGCUUUAUGGGAUGAAUUUAACCAGCUAGGCACGGAGAUGAUCGUCACCAAGGCCGGCAGGAGAAUGUUUCCAACUUUCCAAGUGAAAAUAUUUGGGAUGGAUCCCAUGGCAGACUACAUGCUCCUGAUGGACUUCCUGCCUGUAGAUGACAAACGUUACAGGUAUGCUUUCCACAGCUCGUCGUGGCUGGUGGCGGGCAAAGCUGAUCCCGCCACACCGGGCAGAGUCCAUUACCACCCAGACUCUCCGGCCAAAGGCGCACAGUGGAUGAAGCAGAUCGUCUCAUUUGAUAAACUAAAGUUAACUAACAACCUUCUGGAUGACAACGGACAUAUCAUUCUGAACUCCAUGCACCGCUACCAGCCCAGGUUUCAUGUGGUUUAUGUGGAUCCCCGGAAGGACAGCGAGAAAUACGCAGAGGAGAAUUACAAAACCUUUGUUUUUGAGGAAACCCGCUUCACAGCGGUCACAGCGUACCAGAACCACAGGAUCACACAGCUGAAGAUAGCCAGUAACCCCUUUGCAAAGGGCUUCAGGGACUGUGACCCAGAGGACUGGCCCAGGAAUCACAGACCAGGCUCUCUGCCAAUAAUGAGUGCCUUUGCCAGAACAAGAAACCCAAUGUCAUCUCCCCCUCAGCAGAACGGCACAGAGAAAGAAGACAGUAGGCGGGAAUAUGAGCGAGACCCCAGCGGCACGCCUAUACACGCAGACCCGGCUCACCAGCUGAUGUCCCGGGUCCUCAGCCCCGCCCUGCCCGUCCCAGGAGGCCUGCACGCCGUCCCGAUCACAAGUGGCCGGCCCAGCCCUCCCCACGACCUUCGGCCAGACCCCCACCCUCUACCCCCGGACACCCUGCACCACCACCCCUACAAGUACCCCACCACCUAUGAACACUACCUGGGAGCCAAGACCAGGCCGUCACCCUACCCUUUACCUAGUAUCAGAGGACACACAUACCAUCACCACAUGAACCCCGCCACAACUAACAUGUACUCAGCCACCAGCGGCCCCUCUAACUAUGACUACGGGCCCAGAUAAUGACUGCUGUCCACCAGGGCUAACAGCACGCAGCACUGUGGGAAUGGAAACAGACAGGAAACACAAUCCUGCCUGUUGAUGGCUUAAGCAACCUGCAGGGUGCAAUCACGGGCUGAAACUCCUUUCUGCUGGAUAAACCCUGCUGUAUUUAUUUAAAGGAAAUGCAUCUUUGCGUCAACAAUGGGCAUCUGUUCUACGCCCCUGAAGAGGUCUGCUUUGACCUUUGAACUGAAAAUGGCAAUAGGUCUACAUCAGGCCACCUCCUACCUGAGCAGUGCAGACAUUGAGCCAGCAAAGUGAGGACAGAGGAGAGACCUCAACUUAACACAGACUUUCAUCACAGACUGGAAUUGAUUUUUUUUGUGUUGGAUGCACUUUUUGAUUUGCCUUGUUUUUAUUGCUUUCAAAAAAGCCAUAUGUUAUAUAGUCCAUCAGCCUUUCUAGGUAGACGAGACGUUUGCAUGUCAUCAGAGAGAGAGGGUGUGUCGAAACACAUUGAAAUGUUUUUGUUUGAGGAAAAAAAAAAAGAAGAAAAAAACGUCAAGAUUUGAUUUUGAAACACUCUUGAGCCGCUCUGAGAAGCUUGUACCAUGGCACUGACUUGCAGCAAUUCAAAGUAAAUAAAUGAAGCAGAAUGACUGUUCUGUAUCUAUAAAAUAAACAUUAAAUUCUUGUAAUUCAUAAAAA